AUGGGCAACGUCCCGUCCCUCAAGAUGGAGGUCGUGCCCGCCGACCCCGUGACCUGGUGGCUCGACGAGGUGAAGGCCUUGCGGAACGAGUACCAGAAACGAGCGAGCGACCAGUGGUCGUUUGCGGCAAGCGAGAAGCAGCUCCGAGGCGUUUUUGAGGAGGUCCUGCCGGACCCCUCGCCGACGAAGGACAUUGUCAUCGACACGAUCUUCCCGAGGUUCGCGGACGAGCGGUCGAACACGACCGAUGGACCUACUGGGGCUGGCGGUAAAUUCAAGGAGAUCCGAGUUAAUGUAUUGGAAGUGUGGGCGGCCUUCGCCGUCGUGUGCAUCGGGAGUAUCGACGAGAAAUUGUCGUUCAUCUUUGAUUUAUUUGACUUUAACCACCAAAAAAGUUUGAGUCAUACGGAGGUCAUGGUGCUCUUCGGGACGACGCUGACUGGAAUAACGAAGUACGCGCGGCGCGGCGAACCGCCCGAUUCGGAUACCUUGACGGAGUGGAGUGAUGCUCUAUAUGAUUCAUAUAAAAAAGAUUAUAGGACGCGGGUCUCGAAGGACGAGGUCUGUGCUUAUUACUUGAAGCAUUUACAGAAACUAUGCGAACGGAAAGAUCUAGAAAGUUGCCAGACGUACCACACGUUCCUAUUGAUCCACGACGUCGUGCCCGAUCCUAAAAGGAGGAAGUCAGCUUUACCGGAC